AUGGACAAAACAAAGCAGAACGCAUCGUCUGAAUCUGAAGACGAGGAAUACUCUGUUGAGAAGAUUCUAGAUCGUCGCGUGCGCAAGGGCAAGGUGGAAUAUUUUCUAAAGUGGAAGGGGUAUGCCGAAACUGAAAACACGUGGGAGCCGGAGGCAAAUCUCGAUUGCCAGGAUUUAAUACAACAAUAUGAGCUAAGUCGACAAGACGCGGCCAAUGACAGUGCCAAAAAGAAGGCGUCGGGUCGUACUAGCGCAACCAGCUCAGUCAACAAACGCAGUCCGAGGAACCAAGUAAGCACUAGUACAGUGGGCAAGAGAGCUCGUGCCGAGCCGGAAGAAAAUGGCAUCAAUGGACUAACUGCUGGCACUGGCUUUGAUCGAGGCCUUGAAGCUGAAAAGAUUUUGGGCGCAUCUGAUAACAAUGGACGUCUCACAUUCCUUAUACAGUUCAAAGGCGUCGAUCAAGCUGAAUUGGUGCCAGCGGUUAUAGCUAAUGCUAAAAUUCCACAAAUGGUAAUUCGAUUUUAUGAGCAGCGAGUCUCCUGGUACUCGGACAACGAGGAUUGAUUGAGACCACACUCCAUAGCCACCUCCAGCUCUAGUUCCUUGAUUCUUUCUUCCGUUUUAAGCAUUUCGUUGCUGUAAUUAAAUAACAAUAUUAGUAAAUGAAAAAAAA